AGCACAUGUUAUGGGCUCAUUAUACCAUUCUACAUCUCAAAGAGGAAGGCCAAGGUACAACAUACCAGCUACUCAGCUGACUGACAUGCGAGACUUGGGGUUUAGUUGGAUGGCCAUAUCUCAAAUGUUGUCAGUAAAUGUUCGAACACUGUACAACCACAGGAUACAACUAGGUUUAGUGGACUAUGGAACUUUUAAUAAUAUUUCAAAUGUGGAUCUUGAUCAUCUCAUUACUGAGAUUCUUACACAUACCCCUGGCUCAGGAGAAUCCUACAUUAGUGGUAGUUUGAGAGGAAGAGGAAUCAGAGUUCAGCGGUGGCGAGUGCGAGAACGUUUAAGAAUAGUUGAUCCAGUGGGAAAAGCUUUGAGAAGACGGAGAGCAAUUCAGAGGAGGGUCUACAAUGUCACUGUCCCAAAUCAAGUGUGGCAUAUUGACACAAACCAUAAGUUAAAUCCUUGGGGGUUUGUGUUUCAUGGAGGAGUUGACGGCUAUAGUCGCUGCAUUACCUACAUGAGAUGCUGCACAGAUAACAGAGCAUCAACUGCUAUGCAACUUUUCCAGAGUGCCGUUGAUCUCUUUGGCCUCCCACAACGUGUCAGGGGUGAUGCUGGCAGUGAGAAUAUUGAUAUUGCACGGUUUAUGAUUGAACAUCGAGGGCCAAACAGAGGAAGCUUUAUGGUUGGACGAAGUGUGCAUAAUCAAAGAAUUGAAAGAUUGUGGGGUGAACUAAACAGAGUUGUGUCAGCAUACUUUAAAGACCUUUUCCUCUUUAUGGAAAAUGUUGGGAUUUUAGAUAGCACUGACCCAUUUCAUAUUAGGGCUCUUCACCAUGUAUAUCUUCCAAGAAUUAACAGAUCUGUGGAUGAAUUUGUAAAUCAGUGGAACCAUCACAGCUUAAGGACAAUGGAAAAUAACUCCCGCUGCAGCUGUGGACUGUUGGAAUGUUGCAACUUCCUCAGCAUCACAGACCGCUCAGUCAAGUGCACUUCAGACAUCGUUUUUACCAUCACCAGCAGUUGA